AUGUCAGACACAGACCCGUACCCCUAUCCGUUCGAACCAAACUAUGCCGACGUUAUAGAGAACCCAGCACGCAGGCCCCCUGACAGGAGUCGCGCUUUCUGGCCUUAUGUCCUUAGCAUGGAAACUCCAAUAGUUCAUCCGUGUUUUGCUGUCACAUGUCUCUUUCUCAACUUCUUUAUCAGCGGUUUGGGAACGUUUGUCGUCUCCUUCAGUGGUGCAGCUAAAUAUCAACGUAGAAAUCUUCUUAUAUGUGCAGCGUUGCAGUUCUUUUUCUUUUGGCUAUUUCUUCCGUGGUGGUGGAGCGUAAUGUGGAGUAUUGUUCUCGUUUUAAAUACCAAAUACUACAGAAGAACUCCACGAACCCAUCGAAGAGCAACACCAACAAGUAGUACCCACCAUGAACAAAAUCUCGAUGCCAAUAACCCACAGUAUCGAUUUGUAGGGGUUCCAAUGGUGCUAUAG